AUGAGGGACCUGUGCCCUGUGGCAGGGCCUGGCCCUCUGGAGCUGUGCUCCCCUCGGCUGCAGGCCUCCGUGUGGGCGCCGCUGCGGGUGGGCGCCGCCGAGGACUUUGGGAAGCUGCCCGGGCCUGGGCUGUGGCAGUCUGGCGGGCUUGGAGGGGCCGUUCGCCAUUGCCCCUGCACCUGCGCCGGGGAGGCGCGCUCGGCGCGCAUGCGUGCAGGCACGUUUAAAGCGCCCGCCGCCGCAAGGCCUCAGCUCCAGCGGGAAGAGGCGGGCGCUGGGCUUGGCCCCCCGACGACGCCGGCCUGGACGAUGCUGAGCCCCGCUGCCUCGCCGGGCCCCGCGUCCCCAGUCCCCGACGGCAUCCGCGAGGGCACGAGCGCGUGUCCGGGACGCCAGGAGCGCCCCCCGCCGGGGCCGCGCGUGCCGCCGGGGCUGGCGGAGGCGCUGAGCGCGCUGGGGCUGGCGGGAGAGCGCGAGUACGCUGGGGACAUCUUCGCCGAGGUCAUGGUGUGCCGCGCGCUGCCCCGAAGGGCCCUGCCCCGCACCGUGACCCCGGAGAUGCGCGCGCUGGUGGUGGACUGGCUGAUCCAGGUGCACGAGUACCUGGGCCUGGCGGGGGACACGCUCUACCUGGCGGUGCACCUGCUCGAUUCCUACCUGCGCGCUGGCCGAGUGCGCCUACACCGCCUGCAGCUGCUGGGCGUGGCCUGCCUGUUCGUGGCCUGCAAAAUGGAAGAAUGCGUGCUUCCCGAGUGUGCCUCUCUCUGCCUCCUGGGCGCUGGCUCCUUCUCGCGGGCCGAGCUCCUGCGCGCAGAGCGCCGCAUCCUGAGCCGCUUGGAUUUCCGGCUGCACCACCCGGGCCCGCUACUUUGCCUGGGGCUCCUCGCUGCGCUGGCCGGGAGCAGCCCCCAGGUGACGCUCUUUGCCACCUACUUUCUGGAGCUGUCUCUGCUGGAGGCCGAGGCAGCGGGAUGGGAGCCGGGUCGGCGCGCGGCUGCGGCGCUGAGCCUGGCGCACCGCUUGCUCGACGGGGCGGGCUCCGGCCUGGAGCCGGCGCUUUACAGGGUGGAAGAUAGGCUCUUCCGAGGCCGGGAAGAUACUCUAACCGCGUCCCAAGGUUGAGAAGGAGAG